GCUUCUCCAACCUCGUAUUGGGAGAGAUCCGCUCGCCGCCUCCCCCGCGGCUUCCUCUUCCUCCGCGCAAACUCGCCGUGGCAGAGUUAUCUCGCGCCGGUACCGCACGCAUCGGGGGAAAAACAAGGUUUUUGGGAUGCCGGGGGCCGGUGUGGAGCCGCCGUCGCCGCCAGCCGAGGCCGCGGCAUGGCUACCGCCGCGCAGGUUGAGACCUGGGAGGGUCUCCGCCAAGCGGUGCUGGCCGCCCGGGUGCGGUCGGUUCCCUUCGCCCCCGCCAGCGCCGGCCUCUGCGGCCGAGGCAGGUCCUGAGGUGAAGGGCGUGGAUGGCGCCUCCACCAUCGUCGUCGGCAGAGCCGAUGAGAAGCCCGCCCCCGCCGUCAUUUCGCCUUCGGCUCAGAAUGGAUGCCCAGAUAAGGUGGAGGCCCCCGCCCCCGUUUCACCUGCGCCUGAGAGCGGCGCCCCGCCUGCUGAUAAGGUGGAGGAGGUGGCUGACCCCGCCGCCGUUUCACCUGCGUGUCAGAACUGCGCCCCGCCUCAGCAAGAGGAAAAUAAGGUGGAAGUUGUCGCUGCUAUUUUGCCUGCAGCGCACAGCAGCGCCCUCCCACAUGCCCUGACUGAGAAGGAUCAGCAGAAUGUAGUCAUCCGGGAGAAUGGAGAGGCACAAUUGCUGGGCGAUGCAGGCAAGCUGUCAUUGGAUGGUCAGCAAGGGAACAAUGUGGUGCAGGUAGCAGUACUGGGUAGUUCGAGCACCGUUGGUGCUAGUUAUUUGCAGAACGGUGACAAGGGGGGUGGAUUGUUGGUGGCUGAGGAGAAGGGACGUGGUGGCAGCAGUGAUGUGGGGCAGGAGGUUGCUGUUAAUGGGGAUGUCUCAGAGAUUGCAAACAAAACGGGCACUGGUGAGUUACAGAGAAAGGAAAAUGGAACUGCAGGAAGCAGAACAAAACGGUGGUUUGUAUCCUCUCUGAAUCCUCCACCCAAGAGGAGGGAAGUCUCAGCCGUACGUAGAUUUCCACCUGGCUGUGGGAGGACUGCUGUUACCACCACAGACAGCGGUGUUUUGGAGGUCUCACCUAUAAGCACAUUUGCUCCUGGUCAUGGGAGAUCUGGUGUUAAUACCACAGGCAGUGGAAAUGAGGGGUUGCCUUCAGAAGCCACCCCUGUCAACAAUAAUGAUGCCUUGGUGGCAAGUUCGGUUUUAGGAGAGUUGGCUUCUCCAACUUCAGCACUAGAGGCCUCCAAUAAGAAAUUGGAAAGCAAGAGAAUAGUGGGUGAAGGACAUAGCAAGGCUCACAAUAAGGUCCAAGUUCAAGAUGAUUUUGCCGGUACCAAACAAGAUGGUGGCCAGCGAAAUGUUGUUCCAAAAGCUACGCCGAGGAGUGUUUCUGAUGGGAAGAUGAAGGGGAAACUCCCAGCACAUAAAGCGAAUCAGGUAGCACAAGAAGUGAUGGUUGGUAAGAUGAAAAAUAAACUUGAUGGAAGCUUUCAAAGAAGUAAUCUUAGGACGCCUUUGAGCAAUCCCAUUGAUGCAAAGACAAAAGUAAAGAGGUCGGAUAGUGACAAGAUGAAUGCUGGAGUGCAUGGUAAUGCAGGGGCCUCUGCAGGUGGGAAGAUGGAAAAUAAGACUUUGAGUGCUAAAAAGGAAGUGGGGUUCCCAAAUAUGAACACAAAGCAAAAGAAGGUUGCUCCUAAGUUGAAGGGUGAUGUCAUAGGCAAGGAUAAUAUGCAUUUGUCCGCCAGGGAGCUCAAGCUUGGAAAAUAUGUUGCAACUGAUCAUACUGAAGAGCCUAAGAAGCAAAUAAUUGUUCAAGCAUUGAUGGCUCCUGACAAUUGCCCUUGGGCACGAGGAAGAAAGUCAAUUGCUAGUGCUUUCAAGUCUCUUGGUCCUAUGAACAAGGCAAAGGGGAAGGAUGCUAGUGCUUCCAAACAAUGUUCAAGAAAAUGUUAGGCGCUAGCCAGGUGUUAGGCUACUGACCAGCGUCUAGGAAGUUUAAACGUAGAUUAAGCAUGCUUAAUCAUUCUUUUGUAGAUUUUGUGCUGCUGAGAGCAAGGUCAGUAGUAAGUACUAAGUAAUAAUAACACAACUCUUGCUGUUGCUGCACACCUGUUUUUGACAUAAGUUGCUUUCCUCCUUGGCUUCUUGCAUCCAACAGCAGCUGAUCAUCUAUGAGGGAUAUCUCAAUAUUGUACAUGCACAGCCAAGCUUCCAAACAACAGGGCAGCAUCACAAGGCAAAGGAUCACAAGAAAAUAUACACAAAAAAACACUCACAGUUCAUCACAUGCCUUAAUGAUUUAAGUUAUUCCAAAGAAUAGGUCUAUAGAUCCUUGUCCCUUGUAUUGGAGAAGAGUUAUUUGAUGAUUGGUGGGAGAAGAUUAUUUUUGUUUAACUACAGGAAGGCCUCAACUCGCUUGUGAUUCUUAGGAUCUGGACCAUUUUAGAUCACCGCAAUAUAUUUGUUUUUGAUAGUAUACAUCCCUGUUUGGCUAGAACCUUGUUAUUGCUUGUUAGCAAGGAAAUUCAGUUGUGGGUUUGUUGGGACUAAAUGUAUCUUUUACCUUUUUGCCCAGUCGCCUGAGUAUGUUUGUUCUUAGGUUACAUACCCUUCUGUUUCUUGUCGCGAAAGUGAUUUGUAGCUUUUUUUUUGUAUAUGUGGUGUUGUGUAAGGAUUCUCUUUUUUAUUAAUACAACGAUAUGCGAUUCUUCUGUG